AGCUAUAUAGAUGAGUUUAUUGCCUAUGACAGUUGCGGUUUCUCAUAUUCCAUCAUACACUUAUUUCUUUAUUUCUUCCCUAUUUUUGGUUGGUUGAUGCUCAUUAUCAUAGGAGGAUCAAUUCCCAUUAAUAAUGACGGUUAAGAAAGGAUGGAGCUCUCGUCCGGAGAAUUACACCUACAUGGGGACACCCAAGAAAUAUGAUCCGUCAUUCCAUGGGCCUAUUGAAAACAGGAGCUGCACAGAUGUGAUCUGUUGUAUUCUGUUCAUUGCGGCUGUGGGUGGCAUGCUUGCUGUUGGAGUGUUGGGUUGGAUGAAUGGUGAUCCCAUGAGGUUGAUUCAUCCUACAGAUUCUCUAGGACAAGUCUGCGGUGUGGAUGAAAAUGUGAAGAAUGCCAGCUACUUGUUUUAUUUUGAUCUGUUAGAAUGUUUUCUCAACAUACCCCUGACUGUCAUCAACUUUGGCUGCCCAACUCCCAAGAUAUGUAUGGCAGAAUGUCCUCAGAAUACAUUUGCGCCUUACACCCUGUUACUCCAAGAUGCAGAAAGCUUUGUUAAUGAUCUAGUUAACCUGAACCAGUGGGAUGAGUUCAUCUGCUUACCGGGAUUUGAUCCUGAGGCUGCCUAUAAUGAUGCUAACGGGCCUUAUUACCAGAACCUUGCAAAGAUCUUUGAACACCGAAAAUGUGCCACAUACUACUUGCCAAGUACUAAUUAUGCUGAUCGGUGUGUGCCAUCAUUCCUUGUGGGAGAGAAUGCUUCUGUGUCUGAUAUCUUCAACGCAGGUCUGUCAAACUUACAAACACUGAGUGGACUUCUCAUACAAGAUACCAAUAUUACAAGCACUUUCUCAGAAGCUGUGGAUGUAUUCCUUAAUCUAGCUAGUGUCUUAGAAGUGGUCUAUGAAGACUUUGUCAACUCAUGGCAUAUCAUCCUAAUCGGUCUUGGUAUUGGUAUGGUUUUAUCAAUGAUCUGGUGUUUUAUCAUGAGAUGGAUAGCUGGUGUGAUGGUCUGGGCAAGCAUCCUAUUUCUUCAUGCUGUACUCAUUGUGGGAAUGUACUGUUGUUUUCAGCAGUACAAGGAUCUCCAAGACGUCCCUGGCUCAAUGGACUCCAUCACAUUUGAAUUCACAACAAACCUCGACAGCUAUCUAAGACUUCAACAGACAUGGCUUAUUAUAGGAAUCAUCUUAGCAGUAGUAUUCCUGAUCAUGUUUCUACUUACGAUCUGUCUCUGCUCACGUAUUCGCAUUGCUGUCGAACUCAUCUCAGAGUCUAGCAGGGCUGUUAGUUCAAUGUGGAGUACGCUCUUCUGGCCGAUCAUUCCAUUCAUACUUCAGACAGGGGUCAUUGCACUCUGGGUCGUCAUAGCUGUCUAUCUGGCUACAUCUCAGCAACCUAUGUAUGAGGUCUUCGAUGCUUCAACAUCCAAUUUCACUGGAGCUUCGUGUAAUAUAGAUACAUAUCCUGGGGAUGCCAGCACUGAUACAUUUUCAUCAGAUUUCAACCUUACCAGCAAUGAUACGGAACUAUCCUGUCUGUUCAUUGACUACAGUCUACCGGAGUACUUCAAAUGGCUCCAACUCUAUAACCUCUUUGCUUUCUUUUGGCUCGUCAACUUCAUCAUUGGACUGAGUCACAUGACCCUUGCAGGAGCCUUUGCGUCUUACUAUUGGGCGUUCAACAAGAAGGAUGACAUUCCAUUCUUUGCUCUGAGUGGAGCUUUCUUCAGAGCAUUGAGAUACCAUCUUGGAACCAUUGCCUUUGGAGCUCUCAUUAUAGCAAUCAUUCAGAUCAUCAGAGUCUUAUUGGAAUAUGCAGAAUAUCAACUUAAAGGCAAGGAGAACAAAGUUGCAAAGUUCAUCCUCAGAUGUAUGAAAUGCUGCUUCUACUGCUUGGAAAAAUUCAUGAAGUUUAUUAACAAAAAUGCAUACAUUCUGGUUGCUGUUUAUGGAAAGAAUUUCUGCACUUCUGCCAAAGAGGCAUUCUUCUUACUAUUGAGGAAUAUUGUCAGAGUUGCUGUAGUGAACAAGAUAACAGACUUCUUGCUAUUCCUUGGUCAACUUCUUAUUGUUGCCUUGGUUGUUGUAGCAGCAUUCUUCUACUUCACUCUUGAGGUGACCUGGGUCAACGCUGUACUUCCUGUUCCUGCUGUCAACUAUUACUGGGUUGUGAUCAUUGUCAUAGGGAUUGGUGUGUAUCUGAUUGCCAAGGCAUUCUUCGGUGUCUUUGACAUGGCUGUGGAUACCCUCUUCCUCUCAUUCUUGGAAGAUCUGGAGCGCCACGAUGGCAGUGCAGAGAAACCUUACUACAUGUCUAAAGGAAUGAUGAAGAUUGUUGGAAAGAAGAACAAGAAAAUGGAAGAGGAAUGGUAGGAGGAAUAAAGAUCAUGAAAAGGACAAUGAUUAAAAGAAAAGUACAAAUGCAAGAAAUAGUUUUCCUUUGGAAAUAUUUUUUUUAUUUGAUUUACUCUUCAUUGUGCAAAGUACUAUUUGAUUCGGAUAAAUACUGGAUCAUUUUUCUCACAAGAUGUUAGUGGCAGAUUGCUGUGAGGUAUCUGUUCAUCGACAUGUGUUAUGUGUACUCUUUCCGAGCUAUCGUAAUUUAUUGCUUUCUGUUUCUGAGGUUUUGAUAAAGUGUCAUUAUAGGCAGGUGUUACUGACUGUGAUAGCUGCCUUGUGAUAUAUUAAAUGAUUUAUGCUCAGAACAUGUGCUAGCAUUAGUUAUAUAUCGAUUCGUUGUCUUAGUAUAUUAUGAUGACAGCUGCAAAGACACAUUCUCUUUCAUAAUUCAGGUAUUUCAUGUUGAAUUAUCCACAAUGCUCUUUGAAUGGAAGCCUCAAAUAAUUUUUUAUGAUCCUAGUAUGAGUGGAGUAUUAUGUGUGCUGUUUGCUUCAGCCCUACACAUGUAACCCUAAUCUGAGGCCUUAACGUAAAUAUGAUUGAACUGUUUUUAAUCAUCUUAAAUAUGAAAACUAGAUCAGAUGUAUUGCACUAGACCCAAAAUUCUUUCAGCAAGGGAUGCAUGUCAGAUUCCAAAUCAAUAUUUACCUCAAUGAGCAAAUGAAGAACAAACUAUAUUAUAAAUACAUAUUUAUCUUGAAGUAUUUUAACAAUCAUUGACUAUUCAGAAUUUUAUAUAUUUUAAAAUACAUGUAUAAAAUUUUAACAAAGUGUGUUUUUGUUUGUGUGUACACAUUUUUCAAAGAGUAUGUAGUAUUGCUGAUGAAUUUUUUAAGUCUUUAUAUACAUAAUACUAGUACUUAUUUGAUCAAUUAAUUUUUUUUUAGUCUAACCUCAAUUUUGAUUACUGCCAUUUUUAAUCAGUACAAUGUCGUAAAUAAACAUUUAAAUUCUUUCCAUUUAUAUUUGUCAAUAGAAUGCUCAAAUAUAGCUCAAGAUCUUUCUUUGAAUUAUAUUUAAUUCAGCUUUUUGUCACUUGAAGCGGUUCCCAAUCAUGAAGGUGUUGAUGCGUCAUUAUUUGCUUUUAAAGACAGAAACAAAUAUGCCAUUAUGGUAUGUAACUCACUGGAGCUCCGACGUUAAAUAAAUUGAUGUCUGGCCUCCAAUCAGGCUUUGGUUACUCAAUAAAAGACAAUUGUCAAUUUUCCCUUUUUUAAGAGAAAUGUGAGUUUGAGACAUCCAUUGACGGAAAAUCACCAUUCUGUUCUUAUUUUACCAAGUGUUGGAGUUUUGCAGGCAUGACCAAUUGACCAGUACAAUGCAAUUUCCUAAUUCCAGAAUUAGUCCUGUUUAUUAAUUAUAUUUCACAACCAUUUAAACAGUUUUUAUGAACAAGUUUUGUCAAAUAGUGUCAUUGCAAUUUUGGUUGAAAAGAUUGUUUUUUGUAUGUCACAUUAUUAUCUUAGCACGUCUGCAGGUAUAUCAAAAGUAAUUUUAGCAUAGAUCUUUCACCUAAGGUAUUUUUUAAAAAUCAUGCAUAGAUAUCGAUAUGUAACUUUAUUGUGUUCUUAAAGGUAGUUUUAUAUUAUGAGAAAGAAAUGAAAUUGAUAUUCAAUGAAUUCAAGGACAUCUUAGUCUUAAAAACAUGGAAUUGAUUGAUUAUGUGAGCUUAAUACAUGAAUGACUUAUUGAUGAAUGAAUGAAACAUAUCUACCUAGAGUAAAAAAUAGAUUCCACAGCUUUCAAAAGAAUAGAAAUCUCAGUGACUUCUCCAGUGUUGCCUUUCAAUCUCAAAUAUUUUGUAUCUCAAGAGUUUUAGUCUUUCAUACUAAAAUUGAUGCUGCCAUUACUACCGUAUGAGGGAAAAAAACUUAACAUCUCACAAAUCCUUAAGGAAAAAAUAUGCCAUGAACACGUAAUUUUUACAUAUGGCCUGAAAGAGUAUGUUUUCCCAAAAGAAAAUUGAUAGCAUAUUUAUGUUGUAUGUGUUUUAACGCUUGUAUGACCAGGUGCCCAUAACACAAAGCUUAGCAAUGAUCGUAGAACAUUUUUCUACGAUCGAUUGCAUUGACUACAAUGUACAAUCAAUCGUAGAAAUCAAGCGUACGAUCAAUCACUAACCUUUGUGUUACAGGACCCAGGAGGUAUUCUUUGCAGUGAUGUAAAUUUUGAUUUGUGCCAGAUUAUGGCAUGACUGCAUUGAAUGAAUCCAGAUGUCAAUGAUGUCAUAAUCCUACGAGGGUUGCAUUAAAAUCCAUUUCAACACACCUUUUCAGUAAUUUACAAUUUACAUUAUAAUUGUUUAUAAACACAUUUUAGUAUCAAUUCUCAAGUUAAUUUCAUUGAAAAUGGAUUAGCAAAUGCGAACUCAUGUUGGAUUUUUGACAUAAUUGGCAUCUGGCUUCAUUCACUGCAGUCUUGUCUUACUUUGGCGGAAAUUCAAAUUUACAUCACUGCAAUUAAUACCUACUGAUUAUCCAAUCGUGAAGACUUACAACAUGAAUAUGGUAUCAAAUUAUUUGGGAGAAGAUGCUCUUUCCAGACAUAAAAAAUGAUUAUGCAUUUAUGACAUAUUUUUCUUUAAAAUGAAGAUUUGUGAGGUGUUAAGUUUUUUUUUACUCACUCUGUAUAUUAAGUGAUUUAAGGAAACAUAGCCUGUAAUAGUGCAUCAAUCAAUGCAUAUGAAACAGAUUUUCUUAUCAAAUCAGCAUUCCAUAAAAAUACCAUCACUAAUCAGUUAUGUGAAUCCUUUAAGAAGAUGUUGGGGAAAAGGUAUUGCUUUACUGUAUAUGUUAAGUGGCAAUAUAGUGUUCUGAUUUUUACCAACAUUUUUUUAUUCAAGCUACAUGUAUGACUGUUUGAUCUGAUGCCUUAUGUACAGUGAUAUGUAUGCCAUUCCCAUUUUAAAUCACAUGAGUUUACAAUGAAAAUCAAAAGUAGAUUGACUGUUCGUCAGAUUUUUUCCCUGUCAGCUUCAUGUACUUAUGGCCUUGGUUUGUAUUCUCUUGUAAUAUAUUCAAUUUUAGUCCUCCCUUUCUGUUCCCAAUUUUAGUCAUAAUUUAUUCAUAAUACCGGUAUGUGUGAUUAAUGUUUGUUUACAUCGCACCUCGGGAUAAUUUGUUAAAAUGUUCUCAUUUAAAAAUUAAUUUCACUUGAUCUGUAUUCCCCUUAAGUAUGUUUGAUUUUAAUUCUGUCUUUAUUUUCCAAAUAUUUUUGUCGAUUUAGAGCCAGGAAAGUCUGUUUUUACAUCACAUUUCUGGAUACCUGUAAAAUAUUUAAAUGUAGAAAUUCAUUUUAAUGAGGUGCAUUUUAACUUGUGAGAGAAAAAAAUGGAAUGGAAUGUGCAAAGUGAUGAAAGAGUUUGAAUUAUAGAAAGUAUCUUGUAAUAUAUGUAAAUGGUGCUAAUGACAGAGUGCCUUGCUCUUAUUAAGAGGCUUAGAAAAAAAUUAAUUUCUGUAACUGAUUAUUAUUGGUAUUGAGAUUAUAAUAGCACAUUUGGUAAUUAAUAUGUAUUGAUCCUUGGACAAAGACUACAUGUACUAUCAGAAAUCAUUCCUAUCUCUGGCAAGCUACCAAUACCACUGUCUUCUUUCACCAUCAAGAACUCAUGUAUAUGGAGUUAUGUGCAUUUCAUAGAAUAUCAAGACAGGCUGAUCAUCAGAAAAUCUUUCUUUUUUUCUAGCAAAUUUGGCUCAGUACUUUGAAUGUGAUUUUUUCCAAACUUACAAUGUAGUCUCUGUCAAAGACCAUACAGGCUUAUUUCUUCAUUCCAUGCAUUGCUUUGUUUCUUUUUAUGGCAUGGAUGCAUUUCUGUAUACUGAUUUUUUUUUAUUCAUUCUUAUAAAAUAUUUCUUGGCUAUCCAUACUACCUGGAAACUACUCUCGGCAUUACACAAAAUCACUUUUAUCAAUCUUUGAUGUUUGUAGAUGAAGUUGUGUUUGUUAAUUUCAAGAAUGCGUUUU